AUGAAGCAGACCCCAUACUGGCCGCUGCUGGCAUACAUGGAUGAGGCAGUGAUUAAAAAGCAUAUACAGCCAUGGCAGCAGAUAUUAGCAUUUAUUGCCCGCACGCAGGCCCCGCACGACUGGACCAGCCCAAAAUACAGGAUGACCGCCCGGCAGCGCAAGAAAUGGCAGCAGCUGUGGCAGUUAGCUAGCCAGGCCCUGGGUAGCCCCGACCCAGAUCCCAUCGGGGAUGUGGAAGACCCUGGGACAUGGGCCAUGACUGCCAUUGAAAAAGCAUGCUUAGAAUUUUGCAUUGAGCUGCUCAACCAGCGCCAUCGCAGCCACGAAUAUGAGAGUGCAUUGGUAUGCGCCAUGGCAGUGUUAGGGCAGGGGGAAACUGGCUGGCGGGACCCUGAGAGUUAUCCACCCAUAUUAUCCUGGGUCAUCAAGAUCGCACGGUUCAUGGUGGUCCAGAAGGCGUUAUGGAUGGAUCCCAACCCACAGCAGAUCAUUCAGACCUGGGUGCGGAAGGACCAGAGCGCCAAAUGGGUGCUGGCCAGCGCGGAUGAUCAACUCAGGGAGAUUGAUGAGGGAUAUGGCAGCGACGACCCCCCAUCCACCCCAGGGCCCCCGUCAUCGCCCCCGUCAUCCAUCUAUAGUGAUGACCCACUGCCCGCGGUCAAUAUUCGCCAUAGCCGCCAGCCAUUCCAGGAGCAGGUGACAUGGAUGAUGCACCAGUUUAUGAUCCGCGGGACCCAUGGGCCCAUGGAAACAUUGCUGGAUUAG